GAAGCCUGAAGUGAGGUUGAUAGUUUAUCGAUUUGGUAGUUUGUGAAUACUUGGUAAUCAUAUAUCGUGAGCUAGAGAAAUGCUGUUAAAGAUUGACAUCUGAAUCGCGAGGAUAUACAUGAGUUACUGCUAUGAAAACUUAAAAACUGCAAAACAUUGACUUCUUUGGAUACCUUGCUUACGUUGUGUUGAAGAUCUUGGAGCAUUGGCAGACUACCGGCAUCUCAGUUUGUAGCCGUCAUGGUGACGUUGCGUCGCGUCAGAGUGAGGCGCCCAGCAGGUGUGUAGAGGAAGCCCUAGAGAGGACGGACGGAAGGAAGGAAGGAAGGAAGCUUUAGGAAGGAAGAGAGGAAGGAUGCGGUUGUUCCGGCGCCGCCACUGUGACCCACGUCUGGUGACCACCCCAUCCAAGGAUGGUGGUGGUGGAGGGAGUCAGAAGGGCGGGCCUGCCACCCCGCCCGCCACGCCCCUGGAGAACAAAACCUCCGCCAGGAAGGUGUUGUCUACACCAGUAGCGGCCAUGGGUAAGGUGACCAAGGGAAAGGAGGGCGGCGCACCUCCCCACUACCAGACGGUGACGGCCGUGCCUGCCAGGGUGCUAGACCUGCCGCCAUCUACCACCAGUAACACGCCAUCUACCACCACCAGUAACACGCCAUCUACCACCACCAGUAACACGCCAUCUAUCACCAGCGACUCCACCACUACCACCCCAAAGAUGGCCAAGAAAGGUCUGGCCACGUGGGGGCGGCGUGUAGGCAAGAAGCUGGAGCAGUUGACUCGCUCCUCCAGCAAAGAGAAGGUCAACUCCGGCAGGUUCUCCAGGUCGAGCUCUACCAGAUCUGUGACCUCAACGACCACGUCGCCGUCAACACCGCUGCCGGGGUUAUCAUGGGGCGGAAGGUCGGUGCCAGGGACACCUUCACCAGAGAGUCGGAGCGCUGAGGGCCGCCACCUGUACCGCUCGUGUUCUGCGUCACAGCUGGGCACGUACCUGGCGGCUGAGGACCCCGCAGCUGGUGUGGACCUGACCCGCACCACGCCCACCCACACCACCACUACCACCACCCCCACCACCACCUACCUCCCCACCAAGACCGUCAGCUGUGAAAACAUCUCCUCAUUGGGGGGCGCCAGAGCCUCCUUCCCUCACGCCUUUUUACGCUCUCGCCCUCCAGCCACCCCCCAGAACCAGCCCCAGGAGCCCCCCACCACCCAGACCCCCGCCGACACCCCGAUUCGUCCACCCAACCGACGGAUGACAACGUUACGGGAUUCUGUGUGUGACGAAGACACGAAAGAAUUGAUACGACAAAAAUUACGAGCGGUAUCUGAAGAAAACUGCGCCAUUAACCCUGCCCACCGAGGGAUGAGUGGCCUCAAGCUGCGCCUCCACCCGAUCCCAGCACCACUACAGCCUCGAACUCGCUCAUUCUCCGCCACGGCCAUCACGGAACCCGACAUCCUCUUUUCCCCCGUGCAGAAAGAGGAAAAGCGGUCGUGUCUCCCGCAGCGCCCCCACAGAUACAGGAGCCGCAGCGAGCACAGGUCGGCGGCCGUAUACCUCAGUAGUAACGAGAGCGGCUACGAGAGUGACGGAGGCGGGGCACGACACGAGUCCCCAAAAGCUCGGGCGAAGAAGACCGAGAGUGACGCUGACUCCGGCGUGAGUACUGAGAGUCACUCAGAGACCAACUCUGACUCCGGCUCCCUCACAGGCGCCGACCAUCCCGCCUAUGACCACUACGCUAAACUGGAUAAUUAUGCCAGAUUAGAGAAAUAUGUUAAACCUGAUAAUUAUCCUAAUGUUCAUAACUACACCAAACCUGAUAAUUAUCCUAAUCUCGAUCAUUAUUCUAAACCUGAUAAUUAUCCUAAACUCGAUAAUUACGUCAAACCCGAAUACGCCAAGCUGGGUGACUUGCCAAAAGCGGAGUCGAGGAGCAAGACGUGUGACUAUGGUCAGGCGAGCACAGCGACGCCCAGCUACAGCGAGGACUACACCGACGGGUGCAGGGCGUCCCGGUAUAGCCGCCAGCAGAAUGUACCUCAGUCCUCCCCGCUUGUCUACAACCUGACGGACGAGGAGAAGCUGGUGCCAGGGAGGCCCCGGGGCCCGCGGCGACUGUCUGACCCCCAGGAUCUAAUCAGCCGCCGUCAGAGGUUCCUCGCAUCACAACUGGAGCGGCGCACCUCACCUUUAAGUCCACUACGAGGCGCCCUCAGCGUGUUCCGGGAGGCGGGGGAGGACGGUGAGAGUCGCUGCCCCUGGUGGGAGGGCAGCACGCCCCUGAGGGGACACUUGAGGGUUGCCUCACUCACCCGACCACUGCCGGAGACGUACUCGUCAGCACCACUCUCCCUGCCGGUAUCCUUGGCUCACUCCCCCACCCCUCGCACCUUCAGGUUGAUGCGGCUGGUGAAAGACCACACUGGGGAACUGGGCAUCUAUAUCACCGCCCGCAGGAACUCCCGCGGCGCCACCACCGGCUACGUCAUCGCCCACAUCGAGAAGAACGGCCUCACAGACAGAGACGGCCGCUUCCGUGUGGGUGACGAGAUUAUCAACGUGAACGGUCGGCGGCUCCGCGGGGUGACGCUGGACGAGGCGCGACACAUCCUGCGCAGUACACCCAAGGAGGUGGACAUUGUCAUCGCCAGGGAGGUGGAUGUGCACCACCACCAGGAAUACAACGCCUCCUACCCCACCCAGGAUGAAAAGACUGCCGAGGUGGAGGCUGCCCAGAGGCUGAGUGAAGCGUGUGGUGAGCUCUACGCCUCCGGCAGAGCCUUCAGGAGUGAGCUCCUGACCGCCGAAGAGGUUCUUGGAGUGAGGCGAGAACACCUAGACGGAUACACAGACCGAAGCCUCCCCCGCCGGAGAGGUUCUUACUCCGAUUAUGAUGAUUAUGCGGACUACACCACCCUGGCGCCCCUGGAGUCUUACCUGCCGGGUUAUGAUCCCUCACGAGCCACGGUGUCUGUAUCUGGCUCUGUGUCCGUCACCGUCCCCAUGCCUGAGAGCCCGGCAUCUCUACCAUCCAACCUCCCAACGUCCUUACCGUCGACGCCUGCCACCACCGCCACACCCGUCACCUCCUCACGUCACCCCCGCGCUGACUACUACGACGUGUACAUGUCCAGAAAGUGUAACCUGCCUCGCUACGUGAACGGCGAAGCCAGAUAUUCCUCCUCCCAUGAUGUUAGAAACUCGAACGAUGUGAGAUAUUCCUCAGCGAGUGACGUGAGACUGUGUGGCGAUAAAGCCUUCCUCAGUGACAUCUACAAGUCGAAACUCAUACAUGUAGAACCUGAAGAUUCUCACGAGCGGGAAGCCAAACACCUUAGCUUGAUCCCGAGGCUUCAGGCGACGCCCCAGAAACAGGUGUUGAUAGAGACGCAGUCGACGCCCACCACGCCCGUCAGGAAGUCCCCCCGGAGUAGCAGCAGCAGCAGUAGCAGCAGACAGUACCCGCCUGUCUUCCAAAGAUUAUCCUGCCCGCCGGGGUCCAUCAAACUUCCCUCCCCCUCCAGAACAGAACCCCGGGGACUGAGUUCGACACUGCCACGUCGCCCCAAGAGCCUCUCCAUGUCCGUACAGACGGUGGCGUUCGAGAAGGGGCGAGGUAGGAAGUCCCUCGGGUUCUCUAUCGUGGGAGGACGGGACUCACCAAAGGGCAGUAUGGGGAUCUUCGUCAAGACCAUCUUCCCCAACGGGCAGGCGGCCGAGGAGAACAAACUUAAGAACGGUGACGAGAUUCUGGCGGUGAACGGCAAGUCCCUCUCGGGUCUGAGUCACGCAGAGGCCAUCGCCGUCUUCAAGUCUAUCCGCGCCGGCAAGGUCAUCAUGCAUGUGGGGCGCAGGACGUCCUCUAACACAAGAUCUUCCAAGUCAAAAUCCUGUGAUGAGUUGGACAAGAUGGAAUAAAACAAGACACACUGACCUCUGCCUCCUCAUGUGGUGGUCAUCCCGAGGGUGUUGGCACCUGAGGCCUCACCCACCCUGAUGUAACGCUAUACGACCAAGAAAAAUAUACAGUAGUCUACGAGGUAUAGAAGGUGUCCUUGAUGUGACCUACAGGCUGAAGUUGUUGGAGACACAAGCAGCGGGAGUAACAAUAGGAGGAGGACUGUGUGUUUUAGAAGGGAUGUCCGCUGCUGGGUGAAACGUAUAGACUGUGUUGGCGUUUGUCUGUGGUAGAGCGAGAGAGAGCCAGUGAUGUUUGUCUGUGCCGUGUAAGUGGCCCAGCAUCCUGUGACCGCCUCUAAUAGAAAACACCUCGACGCUAUGGUGGUCCUCCUGCAGGUAGAAAACUUUUCGAAACAGAAAGAGAAAACUGUUGUAAAACUUGGUUCUCGAUGUGAACUUCUGAGGUUUUUUUUAUGUUUUAGUAAAUACAUUGGACACAAGAUAGAUAAUUGACUAUUUACUUUUUGUUGUCCUCACAGUGGAGUGUUGAUGAACUGGAGUGAGUCUUGUUAUGUCAAGUAUUUAACGAAUGUUUCGCUGACUUAAUAAUCUGAUGAACACCUCAGUAGACAACUUUAAUUUGACAAGAAGUAGUUUCAUCUUGGAAAUUUAUUUGCGUGGAUUUCUAGAUGGACAUAAAGGAUUUUUUAUAAUAAAUGGCUUUACAGUGUAUUCCCCGAAGUGUCUGCUUGUGGAUGUGUUGUAGAAAUGUAAAUAUUGAAGCCAAGAUAUUUUAUUAUGGCCCAGGAGGCAGCCAGCCGUGUAGUGGGGGUUACCUGUACUGUACACCCUACCAGCGUGGAGUGUGCGGUAGAUGGGCUGCCUCAACUAUUCAAAGAAAACCUAAUUUGUUUUCACCAAUUUUAUUUUAGAAAUAUAUAAACUAUUAUUUAAUGGACUUAUGGUGGAUAUUUCGUGUUAGUCUUACAGUGUGUAUAAACGAUCGUUUACAAGUCUCUGUAAGAUUAAUUCAUCACUAAAAUAAAUACAUUUUGUACAUUUUGUUUUAUAUGGAAGCUGCUGAUAUCAGUACAAUAUAGUGCUACUUAACUAGUGUGUAAGUCUUAGCACACACACACACACACACACACAUACCGUACACACACACAUACCGUACACACAGUACACACACACACACACA